GGAGGGCAUCAAGAAGUGCCUGGUGAGGCUGGGGCAGCAAAAGCCUGAGGUCAUUCUCAAAGCACGCUCUGCCACCUUUGCUAGAAACCCUACGCACUGGGACCAAUCCUUCCUCGGGAGAGAGUGAGGUGCAAGUGCUAGAGAGUUUGGCCUCCCUUGCUUGCAGUAAGGCUGUAUUAGCACCAGUGUUGACAGAAAUGUGGAAGUGUGCUCAGACACUGCUGACUGAUGGACCUCUGGAAUGCUUCCAUUGUUACCUGUCCACUAUUGCCAAGAUGGUGAAAAGUAGCCUGAAGGACAAUGAGAGUCAACAGUUCCUACUGGAGGAGUGGAGAGGCACCCAGCAAAUCCUGACAAUGAUCAUCAGGCUGAUCCAGCACUCCCACCCACCCCACACACCAGCUCUUCUGUGCCUUGCCACCAUACUACGCAGCCUUAUUGCUUCUGAAAGUACACCUCAGGCUCUUGUGCAGCAUCUUGUGACCCUGGCUGUGCAUGGCACUGAGGAGGACAGUGGAGGGGCUGACACAUUACUCCUCCCGGAUUCAACCCCAGAGAUGAAGAGACUCCUUACCACGCCACUGGAUUAUACUGACCCCAGUGGAUCCAACAUGUUGUAUGCCCUGGAAGCAGUAGUAUCAGGUGCCCAGAAUCUGUCUGAAGAGUUGACAUGUGUGCUGCAGCUGCUGAGGAAAGUGAGAGUUUUUGGUGCUUCCACUGGCGAUGCAGAGCUGAGGGAGGUGGCAGUGCUCUUGCAUGCUGCAGCCAUCAACAAGCUGCAGCAAGAUUCACAGUUGUCGCAGGCAGAAGAGGAGGCACAGGCAGAUGUGGAGGCUGACUUGGACCCAGCACAACCCAAGGAGAAGCGCUUGGCUGCCCUUCUUGUCACAACUUGGACCUGCAAGGCUCUGGUGGUCCGUGGGUCUAACCUGCAACAGUGGUGGACCAAAAAGCUGCUGAACCUGCUGGAGGACCCUGAGCUUGGUGUGGCCACAGCUCGUAGCUUUGAAACAGUUGUCAAGGAACACCCUUAUGCUCUGAGUCCUGCCUGCCAUGCACGCACCAGGCUCCUGCACAGACAGAGGUUCUUUGAGGGAGUGGUGCGACCCCUUGUGGAUACUUUUUCUACCUCCAAGGGAUCAUUGAAAACCUGCUGCCAGGUGGCUCUUUGUUCUCUCAUGCCUCACCUCCCCCAACCCAUCCUUGCCCCACAUGUGGAUAAGGUGCUGCCAGUGGUGCUGCAAGGAGUGACAAAGAAUGAGGGGCAGGUGGUAGUGGAGAGUGUUGUGGAGACCCUGGCUUCUCUCCUUCAACAUUCCCCUGCACCAGCAACUCAGCACCUCUCCUUCCUCCUUCCUGCUCUCUUGUCUCUCACAACCAAUCAGCCUAUGGCAGUGCGUACAAAGGCCCUGGAAUGUCUGGAUGCGCUGGCCACCCUGCCCACAACUUCACUCCUGCCUUAUCGAGAUGAUGUGCUGCAAGGAUUGAAAGCUGCCCUGGAUGACCACAAGCGGGUGGUGCGGCAUGCAGCGGCCAGCACCCGCACUGUGUGGAUUAUGGUGGGCGCUCCAGGAGGUUCUUAGCACUGAACAUCUCUAGGAAUUCCACUUAUUAAAGAGGAUUAGUUUAACCUCAAAUUAUUUCAAAGUAUUUGAUAGCCAAGUGCAUGAUAUAUGAGGGUGAGUCAAAAGUUCCUGGAAAAAUUAUUACACAGUAAAACAAUUUAUAGCAAGUACCUGAGGUUUGAUGGGCCAAACAGACAGGUUUCCUGUGUUGCUAUCUUGCCAUAGAGGCUUCAAAGUGUUCACAAGGAGAAUAACUUUGACACCAUGGAAAGGAACACUUUCAAAAUGAGAGCUUUAUGUUUCUUACCAAGCUGGGAUGGCAACCAGGAAAAAUCAUCACAACAGUUUAACAAAUUUAUAGCUAUAGAGAUUUUACUCUUUACAGUAGUUCCUUGUAACUGGAUGAAACACUGUAAAGAGAUACAGAUGACAUCAGAGACAACUCAAGAGAAGAAAGACCAACCAAAUUGAAACUGACCUGUGUGUGAAAUCUGGUGUAAGAUCAAAUAAAAAUUUAUGCUUUCACUAGUGAAAUUAACAUAUCAUAAUAUGGUUCAGCAUUUACCCUCCCAAUUGAAAUUCUAAGUAAGCCCACAGCUCACUGUGCCCAAGUAGUUGAUCUUCAUCUAGCUAAGGAGGCAGAAUAUUUUUCAAUGGAUUAUGAUUGGAGAUGAAACUUGAAUAUUUCAGUGCAAUCCAGACAGCAAAAUUCAUUAUAAACAAUAGUUACCAAAAGAAUGAAAUGCACCAAAGAAGUUCAAAGUGGAAAGGUCAACUCUGAAAGUUGUGGCAGUGGUUUUGUGGGAGUCGGAAGGAAUCAUUCUAAUUGUUUCUCACUGAUGGAAGAAAACAAUCACAGGAAACUGCUGUGAAGAUAUGUUAUGAAAAUUAAUGAGUGCACUGACAAAAAAAAAAAAAAGGAAAUUUUGUUCCUUGAAAAUUCCACUGGAAAGCUCAUCAUCCUCUGUAUAGAUAUAGAUUUUUUGUUUUUUCCAGAACUUAAAUGGGCAUGUCAAAGUAAUCAGGUUUGAGUCUCAGGGUAAUGCACAACACAAGGUGUUGACACGGUGCAAAGGAAAUGCCCAACAAUUUUAUAAAGAAGUGCUUACAGAGAUUGAAAUACUACCUUCAGAAGCCCAUUGAGUGGGAUGAAGGAUAUCCAGAAAAAUAAUUUUGUCUAGUAAAUAAGACCAUAAUUCAACAUUUUGGAAACUUUUUGACUUACCCUUGUAAAGAUGAUCACACAAAAUUUGAAAUUGCCAUAAUCCUGAGAGUUUUGAUGCAGCACCAAAAUAAAAAAAAAAGAUGUGCUAUGUAUUGUAAUGCAGCUUUUAAUAUGAUGUACAUAUAAAGUAUUGCAGCAGCAAGUGUACCUGAGGUAAUGAACCCAGGAGUGAUGGGGAUCUUGUCUUCAUUCCAGGUAAGAAGUUGCAUAACAACCUUCCAUUAUUGACAUUCUGAAUGCAUUUCCUGAAUAACAAUAAACAUUUUAUUUAUUUUAUUUUUUUUCACUGUUUUGUUACUUGUUGGCAUUUGACUAUCAUUUGGCUUGCAUGUUCUUAAGAUUCAGUUACUCUUGAUAAAGGGCUGGAAUACUGAAUUCUAUAUAAGAAAGGAAAUGUAUUAUAAUGGUUUUAGAUACUGUUGUUGGGUGUGCAAUAGAUUUUACAAUGUCA